UAUGCACUUCACUAGUUACAAAAACACGCUGCCGGCAUUUAUUUUGAUAUUACGAAAUCGGUUGUUAAGCGUAGGUAAUUAAGAAUAAAUCAAUUAAAAAUGAUCCAACAACAGCGCCAAAGAAUCGAGGCUGCGGUCACGGAGAUGAUCGACGACAUGGACAAGACGCACCUGCGGAAAAUGCAGAACGAGAUGCAUUUGUGUGCGGCCAAAUGUUGCCAGGAUGGAACCUCCAGUGUGGACAGUGUCCAGAGGUGUGUAGACCGGUGCUCUACCCCCAUGACGAGAGCUCAGAAUUACGUUCAGCACGAGUUGGGGGAGUUCCAGGGCAGACUUCAACGUUGCGUCAUGCAAUGCAACGAUGAUGUGAAAGUGAAAAUGCCGCCCAAUCCCAACGAGGAUCAGAUAGCCAAGUACACCGACCAGUUCGAGCGUUGUGCCAUCCAGUGCGUUGAUAAACAUGUUGGCCUCAUUCCCGGCAUGAUGAAGACCAUGAAGGCAGUGCUCUCCAAGGGACCCGAAAGCAUCCCCCAAGUCUAAGCCAACCUGCAUUUACUACCUUAUUAGUUGUUGAGCGUGGAAUUUUACCAUCUCUGGAGUCAUUUCACAUUUUGCUAACUCGUUUAAGAAUUUUAAACAAAAAUUACCUUAUUAAUUGUUAAAAGUCUUAAGUACCGAACAAAAGUAGUGUUUAAAAUAUUUGGAAUCACGUCAAAUUUUGCCAACAUAAAAAAAAUACACAUACUUUGUACACCAAAAA